AUGUCUGUAGAGAUGCACGUCGUCCGGGAUGUUGAGGAGAACUUUCAGGAAAGAGGACCUACUGUCACGUUCAACAACCUGCACUAUUCCAUACAGGAGAGAAGAUUAUUUCGCAAGAUCGGUCCUGUCAAAUACAUCCUCAAAGAUGUGAGGUAGGAUAUGAUCUCCUGCAAGUUAUGCUUUCGCUUCAGCUGCUUCAUAUCUUUCAUAUCUCACAAUAAGUAACGUGAUAUCAGCGAGUUUAAGUUUGUGGCUAUUUCAGCGGAUAAAGAUGUAGAAAAAGUUUAUCUGCAGUAUUUUUACUAAAGGUAGAAAAACGAAAAAACAGAGUCAAAAAUAUUCUGUCAGUGAUCACAUUUAAGGCCUGAGGGAAAGCAUUAUAUAAGAUUUUGUGACGGGCUGUCUUCUGAAAUGUAAAGACGACAUUCAGGAUUCCAAUUUUGGUGCGUCACUUAAAAUUCUACGAUAUUUCUAACAUUAGAAUGAAGUUAGCUGACGUUCACCACACUGAGCACUGUGGUGGACUGAAGAGUACAGUUUUAGGAGAUUUGACGAGAAGUGAAAUAUUCUGGGAUUACCAUUUUUAAACUUAUGUGAGAAACACGCACAAAAUAAUUGCCAAGUGUUGUCAUUGACAAAUUCAUAAUGGUUCAGAAGUUUAAAUAGAAACUGGCCUCUACACUGACUAAACACACUUGGACAAGCAAAGAGGCAGGAGGUCUGGUAAACUCUCUCACAGUUCAGCUUUUUGUCUUUUAGAAAAACAUUUUAAGAGUGAAGUAUUUCUCCUCUCAAGAGCACAAAGAUCACUGCACACUUUUAUAACCAGCAGGCUUCACAACUACAAUAAUAAAAAUAACACUCUCCUAUCUAGUCUACCGAAGAACACAAUAAACCAGCUGCAGUUCAUUCAAAAUGCAAAAACCAAGAGCAGAGUACACACACACACACACACACACCUUUUAAAGAAUCUGUACGCUGCUGUGAUCGGCUUUUGUACGACUCUCUGAAUUGUUUUAUUGAAGGCGAGUCGUGGCCUUGCACCAGACUACAGCUCUUAGUUCAUGAAUAGAAGACUCCUCUCUCUGCUUUUCUCCUCUUUAGAGCUGUUUCACAGAGUUGUACAAAAACUGGAGAUGGCGCUGGUGAGACAGUCUGGGUUUAAAUGUGGACUAAAAACCUCUCUUUUCAUGCAGGUUUUAUCAUUUCAACAAUCAUACUUUUAUUGUUUUUUAACUUUUUUUUUAACCUUUGAAUGAACAAUAGUGUUCUAAUUGCAGAUUACAGAUACAUUCAGAAAACCCCAGAACAGACACCAACCCCCCAGCCCCCAUCCAGAUGGACGUGUAAAGUUAACAGUAAAUGAAAGACAAACAAAAGUAAAGGAGUAAAAAAUGGUUGAUAGAGAAAGAGAAAAAGUGGGUAAAUAAUAAUUAAGUGAAUAAACUAAUGUAUGAAUAGAUAAAAAAAUAAAUUUAAUUUAAAAAAAAACACUGCCAUAUCUGAUGUUCUGUAAGAGUUGACCUCAUAGGUGGGACAGAAAGGAAUUUCCUUUUUUUUUUUCAGGAUAUAUAAAACGUUCAAUGUGAUGUAACUGUAGCUGCGUAUAUAUAUAUUUAGUUUUCCUGUCGUCUUCUGUCUGUAUUUGAGAUGUUUCCCCCCUUUUUUCUUUGUUGUUUGCUUGUUUUGUUUAAUUGUGUCUUGUGGGUGGAUGGAGGGGGAUGAAGCAUUGCCAACUGAUGACUUCUGUUGGACGUAACUGUAUAUAUGUGGCGAUGCUACUGAAUAAAAAUAACAAAUGAAUAAAUAAGAGCAACAGUUGUAAUACUCGAUAAAAUAGUAAAUAAAUGAAUGAAUACGUAGACUAAUAAGAUAAAUAAAAAACAUAAAUUUCUGAGUUGGCAGGUAGUAAAAAAUAUCAAUCAAUUAAAAAUAAAUAAAUAAGUUGGUAAUAAUAAAGAAUGUAUAAUAAUAAAAUAAAUAUAAAUUGAAUGGAUUUGUAUGAAAGAUAGUUUCAUUUAUCGUCUCUGUUGCUGUUUGUGUUUUAAAAAUGCAGAUUUCAGGGAUAACUGUUUUAAUUAUCUGAUAAUACUUAUAUUGAUCUGAUUGUUGUUACAGCGGAAUCAUGAGACCCGGGAUGAACGCCAUUAUGGGCGCCACUGGCAGCGGUAAAACCUCGUAAGACACAAACAUUUGAACACACAGGUGAUGUCUCCCUCCCUCCCUCACAGAGACCCCAGAGACACGAUCAUUUUCUCUGCCUCUCUCUCUCUCUCCCUCUCUCUCUCUCUCUCUGUCAGACUGCUGGAUGUGAUCGCAGGAAGGAAAGACCCCGCAGGACUGAAGCAGGGAAAAGUCAUGGUGGAUGGAAAAGUGGUCACGUCUGAGCUCAGACUCAGCUCUGCAUACGUGGUUCAGGUACAAAAACAGACACAGGUGUGCUUUAACAUCAUGUGACCGUGCACGCCCAUGUCUUUAUCGCACGCACGUAUGUUUCCAGGAUGAUAUUCUGAUGGGCACCCUGACUGUGAGGGAGAACCUUCUGUUCAGUGCCAACCUGCGACUCGACCCAAAGCACCACACCCCCUCUGAUAAGAACAGCCAAGUGGACGCUAUCAUACAGGACCUGGGCCUCACAGACUGUGCAAACACCAAGGUACGCUGAAUAUCUUCUACUCAAAGAUACAUGGAUGCUCUCUCCAACAGAAAUUUUCAGUAUCUUUGGUCUCUGCCAGAACAAAAACAACCAAAGAAAACUGUGUUACAGUAAAUAAUUUUUAAUAAAUGAUGCCUGUAGAAGUGAUAAAGAACAUAGUUGGCUUUGCUCUGAAUAGGAUAGAAUUGUUUCUUCCUUAUUGUUUUUCCUCUGCUCUGGGAUCAUGAUCAUUUAAAAACAGACACCUUCGUCCCCCUCUGCUCGAUUUAUUGGAAGCAAACAUGACCCACUUGUUUAGUUUAAUCAAGUUUGACUUUCUUUUGGGUUUGAGUCACUGGGAGAUCCUCCUUUCUUUAAGUCAGAUAGAUGGAAUCGUCAUGAGUUUGUCUACUUUGCUCAGACACCUCAGGAUUCACAUACCCAUAAUAACAUGUUUUACUCUCAUUGAAAAAAUAUUGUACAAAAAACAGAAUAAAAGUUUGUCUAAAAAAAUGAAAGAGGGGGGAAAUAUUCAUACAAAAAAAAAAAACAAAGAAAAAAACAGUACAUAAAACAGAAUAAAAGUUUGUCCAAAAAAACAGAAAGACGAAAAAAAGUCUAAAAAAAAGAAGGGGGAAAAAAAUAGUACAAAAAGCAAAAUAAAAAUGUGUCCGAAAAACAAAAAGACUAAUAAAUAGUAAGAAAAAUAGAAAGAGGGGAAAAAUAUUAGUAUGAAAUACAGAAGAAAAAUUUGUCUGAGAAACAGAAAGACGGAAAAAAAAUACGAAAAAAAAAGGAUAAAAAAAUUAGUCAGAAAAACAGAAAGACAUGGAAAAAAUAUCAUCAAAAAAACAGAAGAAAAAAAUAGAAAAACAGGAAGAAGAAAAAUUACUAUAAAAACUGUUUUGUUUUUAUUUUGUUGUAAGUGAAUUCAAUAUGCUUCUGUACAAAUUAACUUCAGGCAUCAAUUUCAACUUUGUUAUCUUAAACAGGAUGUUUGUUUUGCACAGCGAGGUCGAACCCAAACACAUACAUAAAACACAAACAGGAAGACUCAAAUAUAAAACACAUUAAAACACAAGAUCCAUAAACACAAGAAUCUGUCAUGUGACCAAAGUAAAGGGUGCUGGUUUGGAGCACAUAUACUGAGGCUGAACUUUGAAAACUGGGGCCUGAAGCUCGACUCCCACCUUCUGCUGUAGUCCUCAAAGUACAGUACAUGUGCAAAAAAAGAUUAUUAUGUAAUAUCAUCGCUCACCUGUGUUCUUCAGCAUUUAAUCGUGUGUGUGUUUGUGUGUGUGUGUGUUUGUGUGCAGAUAGGGACCGAGUUUCUGCGUGGUGUAUCUGGAGGUGAGAGGAAGCGCUGCAGCAUCGGGAUGGAGCUUAUCACCUCCCCCUCGUUGCUGUUUCUGGAUGAGCCGACCACCGGCCUGGACUCUAACACAGCAAACUGCAUCAUCGGCCUGCUGCACAAGUACAACACUAUAACUAUUUAAUCCCAGCACAGACUCACACAUAAGGCACGAAUGAAACAAGUGAAGCAUUCACCGCCGCUGCUGCUGCUGCUGCAGAAGACGGCGGGGUAAAACAGCGGGCAAAGAACCGCUGACUGUCAACUCUCAUUAACGUCCACUUGUUUUAGAGCAGCGCCACUUUAACUGAUGCGUGGUUAAUCAGCAGCAUCUUCAUUAUUUACUUCACUUUAGAGUUCACUGUGACAACAUGGAUGUUAGUAAAUGUCCCUGUGUGUGUGUGUGUGUGUGUGUGUGUGUGUGUGUGUGUGUGUGUGUGUGUGUGUGUGCAGGCUGUCCAGAAGAGGAAAGACUGUGAUCUUCUCCAUCCACCAGCCACGCUACUCCAUCUUCAGACAGUUUGACCACCUGACUCUGAUGCAUAAAGGAGAGGUGGUGUAUGCAGGAGCAGCAGGCCAGGCGCUGGAGUACUUCACAGACCUGGGUAUGUGUGCGGACGAUGGACACGAUGAUGGGACCUUUUUAAAGAUUAAAAUGAAUCCUGACAAAGAGAGAUGUGGUUUUAUGUUGGGAUCAGGACGACCUGAGUCUUUGAUUUUCUCAUUAGCGUUAACUUUAAUAUGUGACCGUGGUGCUAUGCUCCUCAGUCGGCAAAAGGUAGAUUACCUUCUCCAGGUCGGAGGGGCGGUCCUGCCUCAUGUGGAGGAGUUCAAGUGUCUCGUACCUCACCUAUGUUUACUAAUUUUAUCCUCAAACUCUGGACUUUCACACCAAAACAUUUAUAUUUUUACAGGCUACCAAAUCGAACCCUUCAACAAUCCUGCAGAUUUCUUCAUGGACAUCACCAAUGGAGAAGCAAAAUCUACAUCAGAACCAUCUACUGCAGGUAACCAUUAACACACACACACACACACACACACACAUCCGGAAGUUGGAUGUCGGAGCUGGGAAUGACGUCACACGAGUUGACGGUGUUCUAGUAAGCAAUAUAUUUUUUUGGAGGAUGGUAGGGGAAAGUCCCGCCUCCUUCGCCUCUGAUUGGCUAGAAAAGCUGGAAACAUCAUCACACGCUCAGGCCAAACACGGGCUGUCGGCUCUGUACAUCGAACAGAACAUCACAGAACAUUAUCGCACUUCUGAAUCUCCUAACCCUAACCCGCGACUGCGAUGACGUUUCACAGCCAUUAAGAAUAACCAAUCAGAGCCCAGCACUUCUAGCCAAUCAGAGGCGAAGGAGGGCGGGACCUUUCCCUACCAUUCUACAAAAAAAAAUUCGCUUCCAGUAAACAAGUCGGAAAACCAAGUUGUCGUUAGUUGUUGUUAGCUAUACCAGUUGUAGACAAACAUAACAGUAUUUUACUCUCACAAACACCACAGCGCCGUGUUCACAGUUAGACAAAUAAACUACUUAUGUAAUUUCAUAAAAACAGAACAGAAGUGCUAAUAAAUAAAACAUUACGAAAGUUUUCACUGUUGAUGCGCUGCGCUGCCAUCUUGGAUUCUGACGUUGUCGUCAAGUCGAGGUUGAUGAGGAUCGUCCGACUUCGGGGGGGCGUUCCAGAUGAAUUUCCGACUCAGAGCUUGGAAAUCAAGACUUCUGAGAACAACUGGAACCCAGCAUUACUGUCCCUCCACAGGUUGCAGGACUUGCAGGACAACCUCGUUGUGAUGACCACACUGACAGGAAGUGAUAAAACCAUAUUUUCAUGAAGUAAACACUUUUAAAACUUGAUAGAUUCAGAUGAAUCCCAGACGCCGUGAUGAUGUUUGUCAUUAUUAAACUGUUUGACCCCUGUGUAAAACAGGUAAAGGUGGUCGUAUAACUCUUAUCUAUAUUAAACUAUUGUAUAUGCAGUAAAGAAGUUUGUGUUGGCAAAAGGGGGGUAGGAGCUCGAUAAGUUUUAAACUUCAUCCUACUCCUUUUCGGACAAUGUUGUUGGUUUUCUUUUUCUUCCUGAUUUGUAUUUUACUGUCUUAUUUGAUUAAAUAAUGUUCGAAAUAAAAAAAAUAAAUAAAUAAAUAAAAAAGUCAGAGGUAUAACUGCUCUUGUCUGCGUUUACAGUAGAGAGUAAAAACCCACUGGCGACCCAGUACCGCCAGUCCAAACUGUGCCAGGCUACCCUGGAGGAGCUGGACCACGUGGACCAGAGCAUCGCUGGAGGGGCCGGAGGUCAAGACAAGGUGGCUGACUACGUGACAUCCUUCUUCUAUCAGGUCAGCCAUCUCACAUCAACAUUUAUCAACAUUAAAAACCGCUGAAGUAACGGCGUGUUUCAGGGCGUCACAGCCUCAGUUGUUCAUGAAAAACACAAAGUGACUUUAUGACGUUGUGUCUCCGAGUUUAAUGACGGUGCCAGCCGGUCUUUACGACUUCAGCUUGGCUGCCCGCUGAAUGAACCCUGUUUAUAAUAUCUGUCACCACACCCAUAUAAAAAAGUCUUUUCUGUGUGUGUGUGUGUGUGUGUGUGUGUGUGUCUGUGUGUGUGUGCGCACGUGUAUGUGUGUGUGUGUGAAUGUGUGGUAGAUGCGUGUGGUGUGCGGCAGGACAGUGCAGAACACUCUGAGGAACCCUCAGACCUCUUACGCCCAGUUGGCUCUGAACAUCUUCUUUGCCAUUCUGGUGGGACUCAUUUAUUACCAGAUGUCAUUAAAGCUGCCGGAGGCCAUCCAGAACAGGUACAUGACCCCGAACCUGCAGCCAGCCGCGCUCACAUACUGGGCCUUUAUCAGACCUCUGCAGUCAAUACAAAAAAGAAAAAAGAAAAAAGAAAAUGUGAUUAUGAAGAUCUCCUCUUUAGAAAAAUAAACAGAAAGAUUCACUGUUUUCAAUAUGAAGAAGUGCGAAGGUACGAGGGCUGGAGUCAGUUUAUAACUCCAAAUGGAGUGGGACGAUACGAGCGAGUUUAUUGGGCAUGAAACUGAAGAGAGGAUGACAUUUGCUGACAUUUCUGCUUAAGUAUCCAACAGAUAGAGCGAUCCUUAUCUCUCUCUCUCUCUCUCUCUCUCUCUCUCUCUCUCUCUCUCUCUCUCUCUCUCUCUCCACAACAGGACUGGGGCGUUCUUCUUCCUUAUCAUCAACAUGGUGUUUGGAAACCUCUCUGCUGUUGAACUCUUUAUCAACGAGAGAGCGAUCUUCAUGUGAGUGACAGAUAACGGUGAUGUAACUGUGUGCUGAAGAGCAGAUUUACAUGUUUUCCGUCUUCACACAGACAUGAAUCCCUUUAAAAUCUUCAUUUAAAGGUGUAAUCUGCUGAUUUUAUUCACAGUGAUGUUUGUUAGGAGCUCAAAAGACCAUCAGCAGUCAGAUUGAUUAUCACUGAAAUAUGACUCAUCAGAGAUUUCCCACCAGUUACAGACAUUCUGGAUCAAUCACAGAUCUUUAUUAGAGGAUAUCAGCCUGCUGUGAGAAAACGCCGACUCAGACCGUCAAAAAAAAAAAAAAAGACACUUAAAGGGAUAUUCCGGCGUGAAAUUAAUUUAGGGUCAAACCCACUGUAACACCGAGUUAGACCCCCCCUCCAGAGAUGAAUGUUGUCGACCGCUUGCUUCUCUAGUUAUACCAACUUUAGUAACGACCGCAGGAUAGAAAUACAGAGAGCCACGCCCCCAACCAAAACGCCACUCUGUAGCCACAAAUAAUGCUCAGAACAGCACCUAACUUCAUCAACAGGACAUAUAGGGUCACAGACAUAGUACUAGACACCAAACAUCUUUUUAACUUUGACUCAUUUCUUUAGCAAAGAGACUAAACACAACUCACCUACUCUCUUCCAGCAGACGCUUGUUCUGCGUAUCAAGUGUCAAUCAUAGAUCAUCAACUACAUAUCAACAUAGGGGGAGAAACAUUUAUAUUCUGUGUCAUUCAUUUAUAAAGUUUGUCCACAGCUCCAUAAGGAGGCGGGGUUUAUGACCUAUACUGCAGCCCGCCACCAGAGGGCGCUGUUCUCAUGGUGGCUUCACCCAGCGAGGAGGCAGACAGCGUUUUCCAUUCUAUAUACAGUCUAUGGUUUAGUCUCCUUGCUAAAGAAAUGCAUCAAAGUUAAAAAGAUGUUUGGUGUCUAUAUAUAUAUAUAUAUAUAUAUAUAUAUAUAUAUAUAUAUAUUAGCAGGUUAAAAUUCAUUUUUAUCUCUGGAGGGGGCGGGGUCUAACUCGGUGUUACGGUGUGUUUGACCCUAACUUAAUUUUAUGCCAGAAUAUCCCUUUAAGUCUGUACUGAGGGAAAACAUACAGAGAUCACAGGUGAGGAACCAGCACACCUGACUGAAGUGAGCUAAAGAGGCGCGGUCAGGUCAUCGGUCAUGACACCAGCUGGUUCAUUAACCUGAUCUGGGAUCUGCUUUAGUCUCUCUGUGUGAGUAUAUCUGCCUCUUACCUUCAGUUGGUGUGUUGGUACUCCACCUGCUGUCUCCUCCACAUUAUAAGAUAAAGACAGAGGAUCGAGGACCACCAACCAAGAUGAACAGAGGAGAGAGUUUAGGGGGACAUACAGGAGUGCGGCCGCAGGUCGGACGCAAACCCCGGGGUUUUUGGGGCAGGAAGAUAAAAGUUUGAUGUUCAGCUGUUCAGCAUCAGGCUGCGGUUGUGAAGCGUUCAUUUUCCUGACUGUUUUAGGGGAUUAUUAUUAUGAUCAGACAUUACUAAAGUGGUCUUUGUUUGUCUGUGUGGACCUGAUCUUUCUCAUGUGUGUUUUUUACGAGUCACUCAGGAGUCUUUGCUUUGUCUGCCGCAGUCACGAGAACUCCAGCGGUUAUUACCGGACCUCCGUCUACUUCCUGUCAAAGAUCUUUGCUGACCUCAUCCCCAACCGCAUCAUCCCCAUCUUUGUGUUUUCAGCCAUCGCCUACUACAUGAUGGGUGAUUAUCACCGAGCACUUAGCCUCCACAAACACACACACCACACUGGAGAUCAGUCCUCUGUGAUCUGCUUCUGUGUUUCUCCACAAAUUGACUUGAAGUGAUUAAACUGAACAGUGAUGCUCUCUGAAGAGAUUUGGUUUCUUCUCAGUGGGGUUCCACUUUAGAGACACAAAGUCCAGGUCACGAGGAUCUGCCUGAAUCCGGUUUUGAAGUCGACUUUUGUUUCACGUUCUCCUUUUGUGUCUCUGCGCUCACCUCUCAGGUUUGAAGCCCGCCUUCACCGCCUUCCUGUGUUUCGCUCUCACCAUGUCUUUGGUCAGCCUGGCUGGGGUCGGACUGGCCUUCCUGGUCUCAGCCAGCGUGUCUUCAUUCGCCAUGGCGAACAUCCUCAUCGCUCUGCCCUUCGUCUUCAUGAUGGUGAGAUGUAAAGACUCGUUCAGGAUCCACAUGAGGGUGUGUAAUCUCAGCUCUCUUUCACAUGUCCUUCCCUCGUCUUUUAGGUCUUUGGUGGUUUUCUUGUCAACCUCAACCACAUGCUGAAUUGGCUCUCCUGGCUCAAGUGGAUCAGUAUCUUCAAAUAUGGACUUGACGUAAGAUAGAAGACAGAGGGAUGCAGCUUUCAGGGUCAGAUUACCUCCAUCUUUCUACUGUGAGGAGAUUAAAUCCAGUUUUUCUUUCUCAGGCUACGUUCAUCAACGAGAUGGCAGGACAGCUGUUUGAGAGCGGCUCCACCGUGUGAGUACAGAGUCAUGAUAAAGCUUCUCACUUUAACACAACGACACCCACUCGUUCUGAGUCUCUCUGCUCUGUGCUGCAGCGUCCCCGGGGAGGCCUUCCUGGACAUCCAGGGUAUCGACUACUCCAGGUGGGGCUUCUGGCAGAACCAGGUGGCUCUGCUGGGAAUCACGUUGGUCUGCAUGUUCCUGUCCUAUGUGCAGCUGCGCCGAAUCAACCGCUGGAAAUGAAGCACGUCCGCCUGUCCCUGUAUCCAUGAACCAAGAACUGUCUUUAUCUUAUUUAUUUAACAAGCCUCGACUUCGGGCUAUCGUCGAAACCCGAGAGGUGAUUUGUUCUUUUGUAUGUGGACCAGGUCGAAUAAGUACAAGAGACGAUAAGGGCCACAUGAAGAGGAAUAAAUGAUUACAGGAAGGAGAUUCAAGUCGAAAUUUCAGGAUUAAAGUUGAAAUUUUAAGAUGAAUAAGUUAUGUCAUUGAUGUCAAAUUUUCAAGAUCAAAAUUUUAGUUUCGAGAUUCCAAAUGUCAAAACGUCAUGAAUAAUGUCGAAAUUUAGAGAUAAAAAAUAACAUUUUGAGAAUAUAGUCAACAUUUCAAGAUUGAAGCCAAAAAAUUUCAAGAUUAAAAAUCAAAAUUAUGUCAAUAAAGUCAAAAUUUUGAGAUUACAAAAUGUCGAAAAUGUUGUGACUUUUGAGAUAAUUUUUUUUCUGAGAAUAAAGUCAAAAUUUCAAGAUUAAAAACUGAAAUAUUAUCAAUAAAGUAAAUUUUUUUUUAGUUUAAAAAUGUAGAUUUCAAGAUUAAAGUCGAAAUAUCUAGAUUAAAAACUGAAAUAUCAAUAAAGUCAAUUUUUUUAGUUUGAAAAUGUAAAUUUCAAGAUUAAAGUUGAAAUGUCAAGAAUACAAAAUGUUGAAAUUUAAGAUUAAAAAAAUUCAAGAUUUAAGUCAAAAUUUCGAGAUUAGGUUGACAUGAAUAGAGCUGAAAUUUCAUGUAAUAAAUCGAAAUUUCAAGAUUAAAAUAGAAAUUAUGAGAUUGAAGUCGAAAUAAGAGUACUAAAGUUGACGCAAAUAAAGAAGAGAUUUCAUGAAUAAAGUCAUAAUGUUGAGAUUAACUUUAAUAAAUCACCACUAUUGUCACUCAUCACAUGUAGAAGAGUUUGUAAAGCUGUUCUUUAGAACUGGAUUCAGUAAUAAGGAAAUCCUCGUUCUUUUAGGGCACAAACACAGUGUGGUCAUAAAUCUUUGGACUCUGAAAAGACCGAGUCGAGGAUUUUGACUCGACAGAAGAAAAAAACAGACAGACUUGAAGGUCUUUAAUUUAUUAUAUUUCGACUUUUUUAAAUUUCAACUUUAAUCUCCAAAUGGAAAUUAAAAAAAUCUCCCUCCUGUAAUUAUUUUUUUCUCUUCCUGUGGCCCUGAUCCUCUUUUGUAAAUAAACUCUCCUGAGUGAAAAAACUGAAUUUAUUUAUGAUUUAAAAUCAAAGCGCCUCUCUGUCUCUUUGUCUCGUCCUCGUAAACAAACACACGUGUUGUAACACUCGAGUCCUCGGUGGAUUAGCCGCCUCCAGGCACACCUGGUGUGUGCACGAGGGCGAUGUUCGACAACCACCCAGCUGAUGUCUAAGUCCUCUCUAAUCUCUUUACACUGAGUCCACAUGAACCGUGCUGCAGAGGAGAUGAGCCUGAUCUACAUUUUAUUAUCUACAUUACACCAGCAUUUUAAAGUACCAGAGAACUCAGAGAGGUUGACCUUUUUUAUUUACAGGAGUCUCACAGAUUUGUAUUGUUACAAACUUCAGGAGAGUUUUACAGAAAUAAUUAUAACUUAUUGACAAACUUGAUUUCAGGACCAAGAAUCAUCACAUUCCAGCAUAUAAAGUGUAUAUUUGUUGUUUGUCAUAAUGUGUUGUUCAUAAUCAGUAAAAUACCAAGAUUAAACUUUUGAUUAUAAA